CGAAAUAUUCCUACAACUUUACAGUCUCCAUAUAUUCCAAUACGAUAUGUUCUUUCUACUUUUUGUAUGUAACUUUUAAACUAUAAGAUCACUCUUAAACAUCUAUCUAAACGUCAACUUUGCACGACUCUAGAAUCCAAUUUUCACCUUCCUUGGAUGGCUAGCAUGAAACUUGAGGUUGUUUCAGAAGACCAAUCUCUACGUAAAUGGUGUGUUCCUUUGAGAGAAGACAUUUUUGCUACAUUUAUGGCAAAAGGAAGUCCAAUCAUGCAUAAGAACCCAUGUGUGGAUUGGCUUCAAACAGACUCAUGUUAUGUUCUUAAAUCCGAACUACCAAAAAUAGAAAAAAGCAGUGUUCGAAUUUGUGUUGAGAAUGGAAAGGUGAUAGAGAUUAGUGGGGUGUGGAAGAACAAAGGAGAAUCAUCAAGAACAGACUGGAGGAGUGGCGAAUGGUGGGAGCAUGGCUUUGUGCGGCGGUUGGAGUUGCCGGAAAAUACAGACUGGAAGAAGACGGAGGCGUAUGUGUAUAAUGAUACAGUUUUGGACAUUAGACUUCCGAAGACGCCAUCAAUGGAGUACUGUAAUGAGGGUGUGAUCAAAGAAUCUUCAUCUGGGUAGUCCUUGGUUUUGCUUUCGUAAUUAAACACACUGAUUAUAUAUACACAAAUCACUGCACAUUUCGCCAUGAAAAGAACAAUAAAACCAC